GUCGUCUCGCUGUGUAUUAUUGCUCCGCGAGCAGCAGCCACCAGCCAGCAGCACCACCAUGGGGAGUUGAAGGAGGGCUAGUCGACGGGUCGUUUUCAGCUAAUGUUUAACACCAGAAACGCUUUCCAUAUGCUGCGUUUCGGAGCACACAGUUCGCGCCAGUAUCCCCAAUGCAGCGGAUCAAGGGGAUCGGGCUUUCAGAGACGGGUGAAUUGUUUGCCAGCAAAAUCGUUGCUAGAGGGGGAGAUCUGACCUCUGCCUUGUGCAAUCAGAGACAUGAGUGUUGUCAGAGAAUUACAUGGGAUUGGGUACAGGGGCGGCGGCGGUGGUGGGGUUGUGGCCUCUCUGAGCGUCCCUACCCACUUUACCGAGGAUGCUCCGCGACCCCCGGUUCCUGGCGAGGAGGGAUCUGAUGUGGACCCCCCGGUUCAGUCAGCCAACACCCGUCCAAACACCCUUUCCCAAACCCUCGGCUAUCCCCCGUCAUCCUCGUCGUCUAAAAUGGGGGAUCCAUCAAGCUACACACCCUCCUCGUCGUCUGCGACCCCGCGUCGCCCGGAUCUGGACUUGGGGUAUGAACCCGAGGGCUCGGCUUCACCAACUCCACCUUACCUGAAGUGGGCAGAGUCGCUUCACUCUCUCCUAGACGACCAGGAAGGCAUCCAGCUGUUCCGAAACUUCCUGUACCAGGAAGGGUGUGCGGACCUUCUCGACUUCUGGUUUGCUUGCUCGGGGUUCAGGAAGACCAGCCAGGAGAAGAAGGCAAAGCUGGCCAAGGCCAUCUACAGGAAGUACAUUGUAGACGGCAGCGGGAUUGUCUCCAGGCAGAUUAAAGCACCUACCAAGAGCUUCAUCAGAGACUGUGUGGGGAGGCCGCAUCCAGACCCUGCCAUGUUUGAACAGGCCCAGACGGAGAUCCAGGGCAUGAUGGAGGAGAACACCUACCCGUUGUUUCUGAAGUCGGAUCUGUACCUGGAGUACACGCGGACCGGAGGAGAGAGCCCCAAGCCUAACCCCAGUGAUCAGAGCCCUUCAUCGGGGCCAGCCAAGCCUGUGCCUGGGUACUUACCCACACUCGCUGAGGAUGAGGAGUGGAGGUGUGGAGGAGGAGUGAGGGAGGAGGAUGAAGAGAAGGAUGAGGAUGAGUGUGAAGACACACCAGCUGGUAGGCUGACUCAAAGCCUGCUGAUGCAGACAGCACCGCAGAGAUCCUCGACCAACAGGAGGAGGCCGGACAGCAGGGAGUACAGGCCCUGGAGGGAGCCGGUAAACCCGUACUACGCUAACAUGGGAUACGCUCGUGCUCCAGCAACCAGUGCCAAUGACAGUGAGCAGCAGAGCAUGUCGAGCGAUGCAGACACACUGUCACUGACCGACAGCAGUGUCGAUGGUAUUCCUCCAUACAGAUAUCGGAAGCAGCAUCGUAAAGAGAUGCAUGAAAGUGCCAAAGCCAAUGGACGUGUGCCCCUACCUCAUAUACCUCGCACGUACCGCAUGCCAAAGGACAUCCACGUAGAGCCCGAGAGGUUUGCAGCGGAGCUCAUCAGCAGGCUGGAGACGGUUCUCCGAGAGAGAGAGGCUCAGGAAAGACUCGAAGAGAGGCUGAAGAGAGUACGACUGGAAGAAGAGGGUGACGAUGCUGACAUCUCCGUGACAACCUCCAUGUCUUCUCAUAGCAUACCACUCCCCCUCCCCUCGACGUUUCCACCUCUCUAUGGCGCCCGUUAUUCAGAGACCACUGCUAACACGGCAACAGUCGCCACUUACGGCGGCCUGGUUGCCAUGGAGGAUUCCCUCGACGACGACCCGGAAUCUAUUUUGGAUGAGCAUGUGCAGCGCGUGAUGAAAACGCCGGGCUGCCAGUCGCCAGGGGCAACCAACAGCACCUUAGGAGGAGGGGGUCGACACACUCCACCCAAAUCAUCGCGGUCACCUGACGGGGGGAUCGGCCCGCCUCACUGCCCCCCACACCGAGGGGGAGGUCACAGUCUGCCUCCUGCUGGGGUCAAAGGUAUGCAUCACCACAAGCAGCCGUAUCACCACCGAGGAAGAGAAGGGCAGGAGGAGGCGGGCUCUAGGUCUCAGGCUAACCCCAUGUGGAACGGAGACCCGGCGAGAAGUCGUAACUACGCCGACGGGGCUGGAGCCAGCACGCUCGAGGGCAUGGGCUACAGUAGUAAAGGCAGCACGCUAUCACGGCGAGGUUGUAAGAAGACACCGGAGACGUCAGGCAAAGGGGAGGAGAGUGGGCGUGGCGUGGAAGGCCAGGUACCAAUGGAGGAUCUGGAGAGAAACCAGAAGAUCCUGCAGUGGAUGAUGGAAGGAGACAGACAAAGGAAGACCUCGCAUGUCGGCAGCACCAGUGGCUCGAGGAGGACGGGACCCAGCAGCGAAUCGCCACGUCCGACUUCAGUGGAGCGACCUGGAGUCGUACACCCCUGGGUCUCUGCCCAGCUACGCAACAACCCCUCGUCAGUGUCCCCCGCCAUCCCCGGCUCAUCGUCCACCCAGGUCCAGCCCUCGCACCCUUUCAUCCAGGACCCAGCUAUGCCCCCCAACCCGGCUCCCAACCCCCUCACCCAGCUGGAGGAGGCUAGGAGGAGGCUGGAGGAGGAGAGGAGGAGGAACGCACUACAGCAGGCCAAGCAGAGGCAUAAGUCUGGUAAGCGCCAAUUGUGUGAGAACAUGACGGUCGCCUACUACUUCUGUGGAGAGCCAAUCCCAUACCGAACAUCAGUCAAAGGCCGUGUGGUGACUUUGGGCCAGUUCAAGGAGCUGCUUACCAAAAAGGGCCAUUACAGGUUCUACUUUAAGAAAGUGAGCGACGAGUUUGACUGCGGCGUAGUGUUCGAGGAGGUUCGUGACGAUGACGCCAUCUUGCCCAUCUUCGAGGAGAAGAUCAUCGGGAAGGUGGAGAAGGUUGACUGAAAUUUGGGAACAGGAAGAUGACACAGAAUUGGGGAAAAAAUUAAAAAAGGAGAUAGGAAGAGAAACAUUGGGGGUUGGAUAGCAAUUCAGCUGUGAGAAAAAACGAGCGAAAGAAAGUAGAAAGAGGGAAGAAGCGAUGUGUGACAGAGGGGGGGCGAUCGCGCUGCAUGGUAGAAGCUCGAGUAUUAAGGAGGCGGUUAUUUUUACGGACUAUCUGGAUGUCGGCGUCACGCCUGGAUCAAACCCACAUAAAGCGAAGAAGCUUGGCCAUAAGGAAAUGGAGGAAAGGAACAUAAAUUAUUUCACCUGUCUUGUCUCCACUGUGGAUAUUUUUCGAGGAGCGCUGUUAAAAUCUGAUGUCUGACCAGUCUUCCACUUCCACUACGAUGGAUGGAAAAAGGGUGAGGGGGGACUGCUGGAAGGAGAGAGGAUUAAAGUAGUCUUCCACUUCUGCUCUGGAGGAGUCUGUCCUCCGCAGACCAUUACGAUGCUGCUACAUUACCACGGAAACUCUUCAAUCGGUGCUUCGGGACAGUAAAGAAAGCAGUUUUUUGUUCCAUUCGGGAGUCUCGCUGCCUUUUGCUGUCUCUGUUCCUCAUCAGCUGGUGACAAGGGGGAGAGGACGGAGGAUAUUUGGGGGGAGUGGAACUUUAGCCUGCUUCUCCUCUCGUUGACUUCAUAGCCUCAAAAAACACAAACUUUCUCACCCUUGAUUCCUAGAUGUCAUGUAGUGAUCUCUCACAUCAACAUGUUCAGACAACAGUUCUCUACAUAACUUGUUUACCAAAGCUACAUAUUUUUGAUAAAGACAAGUAUCCUAGCUACUUGUUUCAUUUUAUUUGAAUUGUGUAUGUACAAGGCAGGUACUAUUACUUAUUAAUGCAGCCUAAUUUCGUUAUAUCUCAACUUAAUGUUGUUUUAUUGUGUAUGUUUUGAAGCUAGUUCAUUAGUCAUUUCAGGGCAGCCAUUAUGUUUGUUUUUCCCCUUCUAUAACACAUCCCUGCACCUCACUUCUGUACUGUUUACCUGUGAGUGUGCACUUCUGUUCUCCUGCGCAAUGCAUUUUAAUUGUAGGCUCUUUUUUUUUUUUUUUUUUAUACCCUCAACAAUUCUCAU